AAAGUUGUUUUCUGGUUUGAGAUGAAACACGAAAUCCGACCAAACCACCAAAGUACAAAACCGAAGACACAAAUCUCGUAAACUCCAAUGAAGAACUCAAAGAACCUCAACAUAGUCACAAAGAACAAUCACAACACCAUCAUCACUAGAUCCCUUCUAAUGGAUCCCAAAAUUUGGAGCAGAUUACCACCUGAAAUUCUCGAAUACAUCCUCUCUUUUCUUCCUCUCAAAACUUUCUUGAAUCUAAGAUCAACUUGCAAAGGUUUUUGGCCUCUUAUUUUCUCUCCUUCUUUCAUUUCCAAACAUUCACCUUCUUCUUCACCUUUCUCUUCUUUUCUCUUACUUUCUCACCCUCAAUUCCAUCGUCACUUUCCUCUCUAUGAUUGUAACCUUGGCACAUGGCGUAAUAUCUCUCUUUCUUUCUCUGAUUCACUUCACUCUUCACCUUCUUUCACUACCCUUGUCUCUUCUGGUGGUCUUUUUUGUUUAUCAGAUUCAAUUUCAUGUUCUUUACUCGUUUUUAACCUUUUAGCAAAAUCCUCUAGAAAAAUUCAAUACCCAAGUUUCUCUUUUCACAUCGAACAUCUUACAUUUGUUACAACUCCAAAAGGGUAUAUAAUUUUUGUCCUUUCUUCUAAAUCAGCUUCAACUACUGCUUUUGUUUAUGAUUCAAAGGUUCUAACUUGGAGAAGUUUUGAAGGUUUUGAUCCAAUUCUAAGUGACAACCCUCAUCAACAAGGUGUUUACUUUAAUGGGUGUUUGUAUUUUGCUACAACAGAACCUUUUUCUGUCGUAUACUUUGAUUUGGAAAAUAGUAAAUGGGAGAGACCCAUUGGAGAAUUACCUAGUCAAUUAACUUUUGUAAGAUUGGUUAGUGUUAAUGAUGAUGUUGGAGAGGGGAAAAAAUUGUUUUUGAUUGGUGGGGUUGGGAACAAUGGAAUUUCAAGGAGUAUUAAAUUGUGGGAAAUGAGUGAAGAAGGGAAUUGGAUUGAAAUUCAGAGUUUGCCUGAUCUUAUGUGUAGGAAAUUUGUGUCAGUUUGUUAUCAUAAUUAUGAACAUGUUUAUUGUUUUUGGCAUGAAGGAAUGAUUUGUAUUUGUUGUUAUACUUGGCCAGAGAUUUUGUAUUACUUGGUUUCUAGAAGGACUUGGCAUUGGCUUCCUAAGUGUCCUUCUUUGCCUUCCAAAUGUAGCUGUGGUUUUAAGUGGUUCUCUUUUGUUCCAAGGUUGUUUGCUGAAGUUUGAAGACUAGGUGCAUGUUUGUCAUACUCAUACCAAACAUAUAAUAGAAAGGGUGAAUUUUGUUUGAGUUUAUUGUAUAAGCAAGAGUUACAUGUCUACAUCUUUUGAUCAAUAACUAAUGGUCGAAAUUGUUUACUGUUAAUUUAUUGAUUGUGUGUUUAAUCAAUAAUUAAUAGUUGACAUCGUUCAUUAUUAAUUUAUUGAUAUCUCAAAUUAUAAAAGAUAGUGAAUUAGUCUUGUUUUAGUAUCUUGUGUUUAAGGUUGUUGUGUGUAUGCAAGGGUUGAGAUUCUAUUAGAAAAUGAUUUAGAUUCCGUUGUUCUGUUUUUUCUUUUUUAAAUUCUGUUUUUUGAGACAAAUUUUGGAAUUGGAUUUUGUCCAAGGAUUCUGUUUGUAUGAGAUGUUUUCUCACUUCACUAGGUGUCAUUGUGUGCAUGAUGUUAUUUUACGGAUAUAUAUCUGUGCUAUGUUAA